AUGUGGUUGCUGAAAGCUGGAUGCAGUCAUCACAUGUGUGGGCAUAAGGACUUGUUCAGUGAUUUGAAUGAGUCUAUGCAAUCUGUGAUCUCAUUUGAUGAUCAAACGAAGAUUCCAUCCAAAGGAAAAGGAAGAAUCACUAUCAAGUUAAGGGAUGGGUCGUCCAAUUCCAUAUCAGAUGUUUAUUAUGUUCCGGAUGUUUGCGACACUUUCAAGAAUUUCAAGGCCGUUGAGAAACAAAGUGGUGAGAAUAUAAAGGUAUUGAGAACUGAUAGAGGCCAAGAAUAUAUGGUAUGUGAUGAAUUUUUGGAGAAGAAUAGGAUAAAACAUCAAUUGAUAGCCAGGUCUCCUAAUAGAAGUGUGGAUGGAAGAACUCCCUAUGAAGUGUGGAGUGGGAGGAAGCCGAAUAUUCAACAUCUUCAUGUGUUUGGAUGUAUUGCUUAUUCUCAUGUCCCGUAUCAUAUUAGAAAGAACCUUGAUGAUAAGGCAGAAAAGUGCAUUUUUAUUGGCUACAAUCUAGUCACAAAAGGCUACAAGCUCUAUAAUUCGAAAACAAAUAUAGGUUAUAAUUAG